AUGGCGUCGGUUUCGCCACCCAAACCGUGGGAGAGAGCAGGUGCUGCUGCUGCUGCUGGCGGAACUGCGAUCUCAGCCUCCCCCGUCGGUAGUUCGACCAUGACUCCUAUAACCGGCGCUGCGACGGCGCCGACCGCCACAACAUCCACACCUGCAACCACCUCAACAAUAUCCUCCACCGUUCCCGCCUUACCCUCCCGCCCUGACACCCUGAACUCCGUUGUGAACCGGACAGCAUCGAACUACUCACCCUAUGGCGCCUCGCGAUUCGGUGCCUCUCCAUACAGCACAGGCUAUGGCGGCUACGGCGCGUAUUCAUCACCGUACUCGCGCUUCGGCACGAUGGGCUCCAUGUAUGGAGGCGGAUACGGGGGCAUGUAUGGGGGCAUGGGCGGUAUGGGCGGCAUGUACGGUGGUGGCAUGCCCGGGGACCCCAAUGACCCCAAUAGCUUGACGAAUUCGUUCAGCCAGAGCACGCAGGCGACUUUCCAGAUGAUCGAGAGCAUUGUGGGGGCGUUUGGCGGGUUUGCUCAGAUGCUGGAGAGUACCUAUAUGGCGACGCACAGUUCGUUUUUCGCGAUGGUCUCGGUUGCAGAGCAGUUCGGGAAUCUGCGGAAUACCCUCGGUUCCGCCCUGGGGAUCUUCACCAUCAUCAGAUGGUUUCGAACGCUGAUUGCGAAGAUCACUGGGCGUCCUCCGCCAGCGGAUGCGACGUCUCUGACACCCUCGGCCUUUGCGGCGUUCAUGCAUGGGCGCUCGGCGCCUACCACACUCCCCGACGGCUCGCCCGCGCCUCCUAAACCGUCGAAGAAGCCGUUCAUCAUGUUCUUGCUCGCCGUGUUCGGUCUUCCCUACCUGAUGGGCAAACUCAUCAAGGCUCUUGCGCGCUCGCAGGAAGAGCAGCGCAAGCAGCUGAUGCUGGGCCCUAACGGGGAGCCCCUGCAACAGGCACCUUUGGAUCCGUCGAAGCUCGACUUCUGCCGGGUGCUGUACGACUACACCCCCGAGUCGCAGGAGAGCAACGGCAUCGACCUGGCCGUCAAGAAGGGGGACAUUGUCGCCGUGCUGAGCAAGUCGGACCCCAUGGGUAAUGCAUCUGAAUGGUGGCGCUGCCGGGCGCGGGACGGGCGCGUUGGAUACCUCCCCGGGCCGUAUCUCGAGACGAUCCAACGCCGCCCCGGACAACAGGCGAUCACCUCUGGCAGCGACGCCGGCAGCCGCAGCAACACCAUGUCGUCCACGAUUGAGCAGGCCCAAGCCGUCGACGAGAAGAAGCCGGUCCGGAAGGGUAAGAUGGGUGAUAUUUCACCGGAGAGUUUCCAGAAGGGCGCCUUCUACUCGUGA